CGUUUCUUGUCGCAAAUGCUUCCCGCCGGAGGGGGAGAGGGCAGACGAAAGAAGCAACGUCAUACUCGCUCCUUGCUUAGUGUAUUUGAAGAAGAUGCAGGGACCCUUACAGAAUAUACAAAUCAGUUGCUUCAGGCAAUGCAACGGGUCUACGGAGCUCAGAAUGAAAUGCGUCUAGCCACACAGCAACUUUCCAAGCAGCUUCUUGCAUAUGAAAAGCAGAAUUUUGCCCUGGGUAAAGGAGAUGAAGAAGUGAUAUCCACCCUUCAUUACUUUUCAAAAGUAGUGGAUGAGCUUAACAUUCUCCAUUGUGAGCUGGCAAAAGAACUUGCAGACACAAUGGUUCUCCCGAUCAUACAGUUUCGAGAAAAAGAUCUUACAGAAGUAAGCACUUUAAAGGAUCUUUUUGGCCUUGCUAGCAAUGAACAUGAUCUCUCCAUGGCAAAGUAUAGCCGAUUGCCAAAAAGAAAGGAAAAUGAAAAGCUAAAGACAGAAGUAGUGAAGGAGGUGGCAAAUGCAAGGAGGAAGCAGCAUCUUUCAUCAUUACAGUAUUACUGUGCCCUGAAUGCACUGCAGUACAGGAAGAGAAUUGCAAUGAUGGAACCUAUGCUAGGAUACACUCAAGGACAGAUUAACUUUUUUAAGAAGGGAGCAGAGAUGUUUUCCAAAAGAAUGGACAGCUUUUUAUCAUCAGUUUCAAACAUGGUUCAAAGCUUUGAUUUUUCUAGCAUACAGAGAGAGUUGGAUGCUGAAGCUGAAGCUAUGCGUGUGUCCCAGCAGGACUUGCUUUCAGUUAAUGAGUCUGUUUACACUCCGGAUUCUGAUGUCACCUCACCAGCUAUCAACAGAAACCUGAUUCAGAAGGCUGGCUACCUUAAUCUUAGAAAUAAAACAGGCUUGGUGACUACAACCUGGGACAGACUCUAUUUCUUCACUCAAGGUGGAAACCUGAUGUGCCAGCCCAGAGGAGCAGUAGCCGGAGGACUGAUUCAGGACCUGGAUAACUGCUCUGUAAUGGCAGUGGACUGUGAAGACCGACGAUACUGCUUUCAGAUCACCACGCCUACAGGCAAAUCGGGGAUAACCCUUCAAGCAGAGAGUAAAAAAGAAUAUGAAGAGUGGAUAUGUGCAAUUAACAACAUCUCCAGGCAGAUCUAUCUCACCGACAAUCCAGAGGCUGUUGCAAUCAAGUUAAAUCAGACGGCCCAGCAGGCAGUGACCCCCAUCACAAGCUUUGGAAAAAAACAUGAAAGUUUGCGUCCCAGCCAGAACGUGAAGACUGUGGAGGAGGAGAGAGACAAGUUCAUCCCGAAAGAAUCAUCCACCAAGUCCAAUUGCACAGAGUUAAUUGCACCUGGAACACCAAUUCAGUUUGACAUGGUACUUCCUGCAACUGAAUUCCUGGAUCAAAACCGAGGUGGCAGGCGCACAAACCCGUUUGGAGAAUCUGAAGACAGCAAGAAUGAUGAGGAAGAUUCACUCUGGCAGCAGAUGUUUGUAGUUCGGUUUUUAGGAUCUAUGGCUGUUCAAUCAGAUGAUACAAAUGAGGUGAUUUAUGAAGCUAUGAGACAAGUAUUGGCAGCUCGUGCCAUCCAUAACAUCUUCCGUACAACUGAAUCCCAUCUCAUGGUCACCAGCAAGAGUCUCAGGUUAAUAGACCCUCAAACUCAAGUUACACGAACAACUUUUGAACUUGCCAGCGUGACGCAGUUUGCUGCCCAUCAGGAUAACAAGCGACUAAUUGGUUUUGUGGUCCGUGUCACCGAGUCUCUGGGGGAAGAAUCCAUAAGUGCGAAUAUUUUUGAGAGUAACACAGAAGGCGAAAAGAUCUGUUAUGCAAUAAGCUUGGGAAAAGAAAUUAUUGAGGCUCAAAAGGAUCCAGAAGCACUAGCUCAAUUAAUGAUGUCCAUGCCACUAACAAGUGAUGGAAAAUUCAAAUUAUUGAAUGACCAAUCUGAAGAGGAUGGAGCCAUUCCCGAAGAGCCAGGAGAGGAGUCAGAAGCAUAAACUUUUAAUUUUUCAUAUACUUGUUGGAAAGGGGGAAAAGCAGGGAAUCUUUUUUGCGAAGAUCUUUGGUUUUCACCUGUUUGUGCAUAGCCUGGGCCAGAUUCUCUUCUCUCUUACACUAACAAGAAUAAGGAGUAAUUGAGUGAAGUUUCUCUUGAUUCAUAAGAGUGAACAGAAUUUUGCCUUCUGCGUUUGCUUACUUGCUUGUUUAGAACAGCUGACAAUCUUGUAGAAUGUUUCAGUGUUAGCACCUUGAUGCUGACAGCUGAAAAAUGCUGACUGUUCAGAGCAAAGGGUUAAUGUCAUUCUUCAGAUUUAUAUACUUUUGGUUAGUUGAGAGGUACUGAUCACCACUUAAUUGACUUCCAUUGGAGUUGACUGCUCAGCUGCUCUGAAAAUCAAGCCACUAUAGAACUUUUGUACAGAUUGUACCUUCCUUAACCAGAACUCUCUGGUCUGGGAACAUCUGUGGUCAGGUAGUACCACGGAUGUUCCUGGACCACAGAGUCCAGGUAUAGGGAGGUCGGGCCAUGGGGCAGAAGGGCCAGGGAUUCAGCCAAGAGCCCCAUGUUUGGAAAGGGGGGGAGGGGUCAGGCAGCACAGCACGGAGUUCUGGCCUCCUGUGUCUGGGCAGGGGCCAGUAGCCGUAAAGAGCCACAGCCAGGCAGGCAGCGGUGGGGCUGGGCUAGAGCCCUAGCCUGGGGCAGUAGGGGCUAUGUUGGGAGGGACCUCCCCAGGUCUGGCAAAUCUCCUCAUUCAGGACUGGUCAGAUCCUGAAGGGGCUGGAUGAGGGAGGUCCAACCUAUGCCUGUAGUCAUCAGUAAUUUCCAUAAUUUGCAUGAUAUAGUGUAUGUAUCUGAAUGAAGGUUAAGCAAAAAGCACUAUUUACUUUAUGUUCAGAUGAAGUUUUUUUUAGUUUCUAGUGUUUAAGUAUAACAAGAAUUUAUCUUGUGUUAGUCUAUUUACAAAACAAAUUUGAUAAACACUAAUUUUUCCUAUUAAUCUAUUUUUGUAUUGCACCUAGACUAGGCUUAUAAAAUAAAUUUAAGUGCCUAUUCAUCUUCAAGGGGACCACACAAUUACAGAAUGUAUAAAAACAUAGCUGGGUAGAAACACAGCUUCUGGAUUUAUUAAAUUCCACUAAAAUGUAAACAAUUCACAAGUAGUCAAGGAAUUGGCAUGUUAUUUCUGUGUGGUUUUUAUAUGGUUAAGCUUCUUGAAAGUAGCAGCCAGGGAUAAUGGUUGUAAGUCAGUAUGUUUAUAGAGUUAAGUAUGGUUAACAUUAAUUUUAUGAUGAAAUAUAAGGUCUGACAGUCUUCAAUUAAAAACUCUACCAAUAAAAUACUAGAUUAUAAAUCUAUA